UGAACAGACUCUAUAGAAUACGAUAUCAUUAGAAACAAACUUGGGAUUUGUCUCUUUCAUGUGAUUUCAUUUCAUACAUUUGACUGUGCGUUACAAUCCACAUUCUAUUCCAUUUCGAUGGCUACUCAAGGACAAGUUAUCACCUGCAAAGCUGCGGUGGCCUGGGAACCCAACAAACCACUGAUCAUCGAGGACGUUCAAGUGGCUCCACCUCAGGCUGGUGAGGUUCGAAUCCAAAUUCUUUUCACUGCUCUCUGUCACACCGAUGCUUACACUUGGAGCGGCAAGGAUCCUGAAGGUCUUUUCCCAUGUAUACUUGGUCAUGAAGCUGCUGGGAUUGUGGAAAGUGUUGGAGAAGGUGUUACUGAAGUUAAGCCAGGGGAUCAUGUCAUCCCUUGUUACCAAGCUGAAUGUGGAGAAUGUAAGUUUUGCAAAUCAGGCAAAACCAAUCUUUGUGGCAAAGUUCGUUCUGCAACUGGAGUUGGAGUCAUGAUGAGUGAUCGCCAGAGUCGCUUCUCCGUCAAUGGAAAGCCUAUCUAUCAUUUUAUGGGAACCUCCACUUUUAGUCAAUACACUGUUGUCCAUGAUGUUAGUGUGGCUAAGAUUGACCCAAUAGCUCCUUUGGACAAAGUUUGUCUCCUUGGAUGUGGUGUUCCAACUGGCCUUGGAGCUGUCUGGAAUACUGCAAAGGUGGAAGCAGGGUCAAUUGUCGCUGUUUUCGGUCUUGGAACUGUCGGGCUUGCUGUUGCUGAGGGUGCAAAAGCUGCAGGUGCAUCAAGGAUUAUUGGCAUAGAUAUUGAUAGUAAUAAGUUUGAAAGAGCGAAGAACUUUGGAGUGACUGAGUUUAUUAAUCCAAAAGAACAUGAGAACCCAAUUCAGCAGGUCAUAGUUGAUCUCACAGAUGGUGGAGUUGAUUAUAGUUUUGAGUGCAUUGGAAAUGUCUCUGUAAUGAGGGCUGCUUUGGAAUGCUGCCAUAAGGGGUGGGGGACAUCAGUUAUUGUAGGUGUUGCAGCAUCAGGGCAAGAAAUAUCAACUCGACCUUUUCAGUUGGUAACUGGACGCGUCUGGAAAGGAACAGCUUUUGGUGGCUUCAAGAGCCGAUCACAAGUGCCUUGGCUUGUAAACAAGUACUUAAACAAGGAAAUCAAGGUUGAUGAAUACAUUACUCACAAUUUGACUCUUGCGGAUAUCAACAAUGCAUUUGACCUCAUGCAUGAAGGAGGAUGCCUCCGUUGUGUGCUUGCAAUGCAUGCAUGAGAUAAUAUGUGAUCUGAUGAUAGCUUUGUGAAAGUGUUGUGUGCGAUGGAAGCUGUGUUAUGCUGCCUUUCGUUUGAAGUUUAAACAAUCAUGCGUUGUAUAAUUCUUAUGAUCAUGAAUGGAUUUUAUGACAUGUGAACGUUAACUUCCUAAGGCAUUGCCACCUAAUUUUCAAUGCAAUGUUUUUAGACAACCAAAUUUCCCACACUAAAUCCUUCUUCAUUUGUA